AUGAAAAGUACCCUAGGUAGGUCCCAAGUGGACAGUAGAAUUGAAAAGAUGAUAAAUAGUAGUUUAGAUGAUAUUGUGAGACAAUCGAAGAGAUCAAGACGUCUGCAGAGUAAUAGGCAACAUCGGAAUUCUUUGACACCUAAGAAGGCUGUAGCAAAGCCCAACACGAGUAAGAGACAUAAUAUAAAAGGUGGAGGGAAUAUCCAAAUAUUACAGAAGGGAAGUAACUUUAAGAAUUCACAAUAUAAUAAGGGAAAUGGUGGGAAUAAGAGAUUAAGACAACUAAGAGAUAGAGACAAGGUAAUUAUUCGAAGGAAACAAGAUGAGUUAAUAGAUAAGACAAAAUUAACAAGUGGAGAUAUCAGAAAUAUUAAGAUUGUGGCUCAAUUAGAUAAAUUACCAGCUCCAACUGCUCAGCAAAAGGCAGGUGUAAAUAAUCUUGACGUCAUCCCAAGCUCGAUUUCCUCCCAUAGAAUUAGACAAUCUAAACCCAUAGGGAAAAAGAUGAGACUCUGA